AUGUUGGAGCCUAUCAUAGAACAUCCCGACCUAAUCUUGAAAUCACUUCCAAAUGUUAAGGACUAUAGGCAAUACAGGAAUGCAUUGCCUGAUGGACAUAAAAUCAUUGAGACAAUUGCUGAAAUGUAUGUAGGAUCUGUAGGUGGAAGUGAUCCAAAGGAGCGGUUGUUCUUAUACGGAGAGGUGUUAGAAUGUCAACGAAAACGCGGUUUACACUUCUCUCCGGAGCAAAUAAGAAUACUUUUGAAUUGCGUUAUUGCUGAUUACGAUGCGGCAUCUAAAUCAUUGCGCAAAAGGCAGAAACACAUGGAAAACAUGCAAGUUCACCUUUUCGGUGCUUUAGUGAGAAUGCGAACUUUUUAUGGCAAAUUAUAUCCCGCCUUUAAUGCUGCCCAAGUGCGUUUGCGUUUUACCCUUGAAAAGUCACUGGCAGAGGAGAUGAUGCAGACGCAAGAAACGGGUUCGCGCAAGAAUUUGUCAACUGCGGUCGAAAAACUUCGUACAGCAGUGGAGACCUUAAAACCAGGCCUACCAACGCUUGAAUAG